AUGAAGCUUUCUUUUGUCGCAACUGUUGCGUUUGCGGCUUAUGCAAUGGCAGCCCCAAUUGCCAAUCCUGAGGCUGCUCCUCUUGCUGCUCCCAAAGCCAAACCGUUUGCUUUCCCCACUUUUGGACUUUUGAGUUCACUUCUUAGCUCUCAUUCAAGUAAAAGCAGUAAAAGUAGCGGAAGUUCUUGCUCUUCUUGCUCCUCUGGUUCCUCUGGAUCUUCAAACACUACCGUCAUAGUUCCUGUAUCAUCAGGUUCUACAGGAUCAACUACAACAACAUACACUACAGGAUCUACAACUGGUAGUUCUGGCGGCGGUGGCGGUGGCGGUGGUGGCGGCGGUGGUGGUGGAGGAGGAGGCUCUUCAGGUGGUUCUGGUGGUUCUGGUGGUUCCGGUGGUUCCGGUGGUUCUGGAGGCUCCGGCGGUUCUGGUGGGUCCAGUGGAAGUAGCACCAGUGGUACUUCUACUACCAGCAGUGGUGGCGGUGGUGGCGGUGGUGGUGGAGGUGGAGGUGGUGGAAGCAGCAGCGGCGGAACCACAACUACAACGACUACGACAACUAAUAACGGCGGGACCACUGGUGGUUACGUUAUUAGCAGUGGUGGUAGUGGAAGUUCCGGGUGCUCUUCAUGCAGUUCCAAAUGGAAGAAAGCUUAA